AAAUCCUGAAAAAGUUGAAAUAUGUAAAAUAGCAUUAUACCAUCCUAUAAAUGUGUUAUUUUACAAUAUAAUGUCAAUUGAUUCUGAUAAAUAUUUAACGAAAGGUACUGAAUCAAGACAACAUCAAGAAUUUGUCUAUGGUAAACCCAAAAAUAUUUUAGACCUACUUCGAUUUGCUCCUCUUGAUAUACAGUGUACUGAUGACACUAACUUGACUAUACAUGAUAUAUUUCGUUUUGCUAAUUAUCAAUAUUUAUCCAUUGAUAUGAGAGCAUUCCAAAUACUUUUACUUGGUGCAUCAUUUUAUCCUGUUGGAAUACUUAUAGCUAACUACGUACAUUUAGUAUCUGAAAUAAUUCAAAUUGAUAUAAAUCGCCAUAAUAACAUAAAGAACGAUAUUUUUUCUAUAAAAUGUUUGGGUGAAAAAAUUAAGAUAACGCUACAAAGUUUUAUCAAUUUAAAUAUUUUCGUAGAACCCGCAAAAAAUUUUCUUAAAUCCCUCCUUAAUCAUUUAUAUGUGAUUAUAUAUUGGUUUCGUGGCUUACGUUCUAUAGAAAUAGAAUUACCAAAUGAAAUCUUAAAAAAAUUAAAAGAUUUUAUGAAUGAUAUGAUGUUAAAGUUCAAUAUAGAACCAGAAACAAUUGUAACAGAGAGAAAUCUAAAACACAUACAUGACAUUAUAAGAGAAGAAAAUCAUCAAAUUCAAAUAUAUGUUAAAAAACUCAAAUAUAAUGCAAAUUCAUUUAAUUCAAUUUAUGUCAUACAGACUGUUGGAAGGCUUAAUACUAAAGACAUUAAAUACAUUCUAACACCAAAUUUAAUUGAUAUUUUAUGCUCAAAUAGUCCGAUAAAUUAUUGUAACAGUAAUAACGAUGAAUGCGAUACUAACGACAACAGUAGUGAAAUUAAUGUUGACGACCUAGGAAAUAAUGAUGGUUUGGAUGAAUUCAAAACUGAAAAUAUUGAACAUUUUAAAAAUAUAGCUUUUAAAAGAAAACAAAAUGAAAGUUUGAAUUUAUUUAUUGACAUGAAGGACUUCCCUAAACAUAUGGUGGAUUACUUUAUUUGUUCUGAAUAGAAAAUUAUAUGCUCAUACUAAUAUAGAGAUUAGUAUAAAAUACCUUGUAUUAUAUUAAUACCCAGAAACUUAAAAACUACAAGGUUAUCUAAAUUUUGUAAGACAUUCAUGAUCUUAGAAUCUUUUAAAUCUUUUUAAAGAGAAACGUUUAGAAAACUCUAAAAUAAUACAUAAUAAAGAAAAUCCUUUUAUUUCAUUUUCUUAUAUAGUAGCCUUUAUUUUUAACUUCAUAAUAUAAGAGUAAAAAAAUUAC